UUUGCGCCACCUUCAGGCCACUUCGAUUCCAAUGAUUAAUGAGUGACCUUUCGACAAACAUCUUCAGAAACUGUGACCGUCGUAAAGUACCGCUUUAAGCGAGCAGAAGGAUUUUAGAUAUGGGGGAUAUGCAUUCAUUAAGGAAACUCUACAUUAUGCGGCAUGCUGAAAGAGUUGAUUUUUGUUUUGGUUCAUGGAUACCCACAAGUUUUGACAAACAGGACAAUUACAUCCGAAGAAAUCUAAAUAUGCCUUUGUCAGUCCCUAAACGUAAAGGAGGUCCCUGGGAUUUUUUUAAAGAUUGUCCUUUAACUCGGAUGGGCCUGCAUCAAGCGACUUUGACUGGCGAGGCUAUGAAACUUAGUGGUGUCAAAUUUUCUCAUGUAUUCUGCUCACCGUCUUUGAGGUGCCUUGAAACCUGCACAAAUGUAUUAAAAGCCUCUGAACAAACUUCUUUGCCAAUUAAUGUUGAGCCAGGUUUAUUUGAGUGGCUUGGAUGGUAUGUUGAUGGCAUGCCAAAAUGGAUGACCCUUGAAGAAAUGAGUGAAAAUGGCUUCAAAGUGACGCCAGAUUACAAACCCAUUAUCUCAAUGGAGGACAUGCAUUCUAGGAAGGAAUCCAGUGAAGAGUAUUACAUGAGAAAUUACCUCAUUUCUAAAACUCUUAUUGAAAAAUAUUCAGGAGAUAUUCUGCUUGUUGCUCAUGCAGCAUCUUUAGACACGUGCAGCAGGCAGUUGACCGGCAAACCACCUAGAAACGAGAAGGAUCUUUUGACUUUAGUACCCAAAUUUUCCUACGCCAGCGUAGCACUUGUUGAACAAGAUAGCACCAAAAAAUGGCACAUCGCAAAGCCACCAUUUCCCCCUCUAAUGCAUUUAAACAAUAUAAGUUUCAAUUGGGAAAUACUGCUUGAUUGAUCGAUUCGUAAUGGUAGUUUUUUUUGUUUUUAUCAGUCUGGCUUAGUUAUCUGAAAACAAUGUUAGGUUAAGGUUGUUUUUUGAAGUCUCUUUUGUUACAUGGAAUAAUGCUUUUUAGAAAAUAUGCUAUUUUUAUAACUGUGCUUUCAUAGCAUUAGGUUAAGUUACUCCACCUUCAGUUCAUGCCUUCUAUGCCAAUUAUGAUAAUUGCUUAAAUACCAAUAUGAUGUGGCUUAACUACCACUAUAAAUAUUAAAUGCCAAAUCACUAGUAUGUAAGACAUGUUAACUUGAUUUCAUCUUGACAUACCUUUUGAUAGAUGAAGGUUGAUGUGGUCGGUAAAUAGUGCCCCUCGAUGGGGACCUGCCGACGUGAUGUUAACUUACCAACAUUGAUGAAUGGUCCACAUUAAACACAUUAAAAAAAAAAUCUGGUGAAGUAAAUAAAGUCAACCGGUAAUAUACAAUAUUGAGAAGAAGAAAAUUUAUGAGCAAAAUGUUCUAAACAAAAUUGAAGGGAAAAAAAAUGAGCGAAAAUAUAAUGAGCAAAAUGAUAUAAAAAUAAAUAAGCAAAAUACAAAACAGCAUAAAAAUCAACUAGUAGUAUUCGCUCAUCGAAUUCUAUUAAAGAUAAAAUUCUGAAAGGGGAGUAAUGUGGCAUAACUACCACUACAAAUAUUAAAUACCAUAUCACUAGUAUAUAAGACAUGUUAAUGUGAAUCCAUCUUGAGGUACCUUUUGAUAAAUGAAGGUUGAUGUGGUCAAUUAAAAAAGCCUCAGUUUUCUUCUUUUUAAUAAAAUUUUUUGAUAUUAUUUGUUUCUAUGGUUGACUCUAUGAAAUCUGCCAUUAUUUUAGAAUGUAAAGAAGUUACUGGCAAUUGGAAUUACGAAAAAUUUAAAACAUUACUCCCCAUGCAUUUAGACAUUUUCUUUUAAAAUCAUUCGAGAGUAUCAAAUUUUUUAAACUAAUUUUUCUCAACAAUACAGAACAAGAGAUUUUUAUUCCUUUCUUUCCAUUAAAUAUUCAUUUUUUUUAAUUAUUUCUCUGGAAAUUAUUAGUAAUCAUAAGGAAUGUUUGUGGAGAAUUAUCAUAUAAGUGUUAGAAUAUUUAAAUAUGGUUAAAUUUUUUCUUAUUUUAUUGAUAUGAAAAUUUUAUUUCU